GGAAUAACCAAAUAGAAAAAUGGACCAUCAUUUUGGGCAAAUGGUGAUGAGCCUCCGUGUCUCAGAGCUUCAGGUUCUUCUGGGGUAUGCAGGCCGCAACAAACAUGGAAGGAAGCAUGAACUCUUGACCAAAGCGCUACAUUUGUUGAAAGCCAGCUGCAGCCCUGCUGUGCAGAUGAAGAUCAAGGAGCUCUACCGCCGCCGCUUCCCCACAAAGAUGGUGUCCCCGACAGACCUCUCCAUCCCUGGCCUACACUCCACCACUGGAGGUGCUCCCGCUGGCAUGCCCACCAGCCUGACACAGCUGGGAUUCGAUGGGCAUGGCUCACCAUCUCUACUCCCUGUCGCACUGCUCGGGCCAAAGCACGAGCUGGGCCUGCCCCAUCUGCCCUCCGCCCUUCACCCAGUCCAUCCAGACGUCAAGCUCCAAAGGCUGCCAUUCUAUGAUGUACUCGAUGAGCUUAUCAAACCCACCAGUUUAGCCUCAGACAGCAGUCAGAGGUUUCAGGAAACAUGUUUCGCGUUUGCACUAACGCCUCAGCAAGUUCAGCAGAUCAGCAAUUCAAUGGACAUCUCUGGGACCAAAUGUGACUUCACCGUGCAAGUACAGCUAAGGUUUUGCUUAUCAGAGACAAGCUGUCCUCAGGAAGAUCAUUUCCCACCCAACCUUUGUGUGAAAGUGAAUGGAAAACCCUGUAACCUCCCUGGAUAUCUUCCUCCAACCAAAAAUGGAGUGGAGCCAAAGCGGCCGAGCAGACCCAUGAACAUUACCUCCCUGGUUAGGUUGUCUACAACAGUUCCCAACACCAUUGUUGUGUCAUGGACGUCGGAAAUCGGAAGGAGUUACUCCAUGGCAGUGUACCUGGUCCGUCAGCAGUCCUCCUCAGUUUUGCUACAGAGACUACGGUCAAAAGGCAUUAGAAACCCAGACCACUCAAGAGCACUCAUCAAAGAAAAGCUUACUGCCGACCCUGACAGUGAGAUUGCCACUACCAGCCUGCGAGUCUCCUUGCUCUGUCCGCUGGGAAAGAUGCGGUUGAUGAUUCCUUGCCGAGCGCUCACCUGCUCACACCUGCAGUGCUUUGAUGCUACGCUCUACAUCCAAAUGAAUGAGAAGAAACCCACCUGGGUGUGUCCGGUCUGCGACAAGAAAGCCCCAUUUGAGCACCUUAUUAUUGACGGGUUGUUCAUGGAGAUCCUGAGCAGCUGUGUGGACUGUGAUGAGAUCCAGUUUAAAGAAGAUGGCAGUUGGGCUCCUAUGAGAUCCAAGAAGGUGGUACAGGAAGUGUCAGCCUCAUCAAAUGGCAUUGAAGGGAGGUCUGUUUUGUCAGUUGUGUCAGACCACAGAAACAGUUCGUCCCACGGCAGCAGCAGUAGCAGUAAGAAAUUGGAGGUGAUUGACCUGACGCUGGACAGCUCCUCUGAUGAUGAUUAUGAUGAUAAUGAUGAGCCUCCUCCUAAAAGAGCCUGCCCAUCUCUAUCACCAACCUCCCCGCCUGUCAACAAAGGAGUGUUAAAUCUGCAUCAUCAGGCGUCUCCGUUGGCACGGGCUCCCAGCAUGCCAGCAAUGGAGACAAACUAUAUCCCUCCCCCUCCUCUCAUUCAAGACUACCGUCACUAUUACCACACACCCAAUGACCUCUCAGAUCUGAAUUUCUUCUCAUUUUUACAAGGGGACAAUCACCAGCAUUAUAACAUGGUCAUGGCCGCUGCAGCCGCCGCCUCAGCUUCUGCGUCAGAAGACCACGAGCUGCUGUUGAACCGCUUCAUGCCCUAUGGUUCCUCUCAGCUCUUCCUGGAGCAGUCGGGGACGCCGGCGAGCAGCUCACUAGUGCCAGCCAACGGCAGCGGAGGCAGCAGCAGUGGAAGCAGCAGCAGUCUGGUGUCCUCCAGCAGUCUGAGAGACAGCCACCCACACAGUAACGUGUCCCGCUCGCACUCUGAUGCCGCCGCCACAUCCGUAAUAUACGGCUCUAUCCCUGACGUAAUUUCACUGGACUGACCACACCGGGGCGCCCUGCAAACAGACAAGCCUUUAUCACAAACAAAAGGAGGGCGCAGAAGGAGCUUUGUGCACUCGUGAUAGGAUUUAGAUGUGAAUUGGAUGGAAGGUGGGGAGAAAAAAAAAAGAGAACAAAGACUUUUGUAAAGAGAAGAAUAAAAUUGCUGUGUACAGAGAAGAAAAAUCUAUUUUCAGUUUUACUUUUGUAUAUAAACAAUAGGACGCUGCCUACCCAGUGAGUGACUUCAGUUGGUAUUUUCUCCAUGGAUACUGAAGAUGUUUUUCACUGCUCUGUGUUGUUCCUUGAUUAUCUUAUUCUGUACCUUUUAUACUUUUUGCUAUUUUAUUUCACUUCAAAUAAUUAUUUCAGUCAAAGUAAUAGAAUGGCGGUCAUCUUUAUCAUUUUUUUUUCUAAGACUCUUUCCCUCAGCCAUUGUUUGAUCAGCGAGGGAAAAUCACGUUAUUUAAUGCCAUUAUCCUGUGCAGGUAAUUUAUUGCUUUUAAGUUAUGUAGGAUGUAUGCUGUACAGAAGCAUUCCCUUAUGCCAAUACAGAAUCUAGCCACGACAUGCUUGAAAAGUCGACAGAGGUCACGUCUUA